UUGUGCUAGCUAACCCAUCUGGGUGAAGAAAGCCACCAAUAACAUGGGUCUGUGACACCAAAUGCUGAACUAUGUCGCUUUUACGCUUUUGUUUGCUGUCUCCAAAUGUUAAAGUGGAGCCCGUUGUUGGUUUAAAAUAGCUCAGAGUGGCAUGGAUUAGCCUUUAAAGCUGAAGCUAAAGUGCUGCGGAGUGUAGAAACACAGUGUUAGCUAGCUAUCUGUUUACUUAGCCGGCGGUAGUUUGUAUUAUUUGGUUGAUUAACCCAACAUUAAUCAGGGUGUGCUUAUAAAUGUGUUUUAAGUAGAUCGUAGCAUUUGUGCUGUCAACCAAAGACAGCGGGAUUAAAUAGAAAAAAGGGGCUGUGUAGCUGACAGUAAAACAGGCGACUGAACAAUCCUGCAAUAAGUUAGCAAAACACUUCUUGACCCACUCAGUUGAACCAUACAGCGUUAAGCCAAAGCGCUAAUCUGAUAAUGGCAGAGGACACCCGACAGGACAAGAGAGCCAGCUUCUCUGCCAUAACCGAGCACAACACCAACGGGAUGGCCAGGACAUCCUCCGCCGUGGCCUCAGGAAAAAGUGGAGCUUCAAAGAAAUUAGUCAUCAAAAAUUUCAAAGACCGGCCAAAACUAGCGGAGAACUACACUGAGGACACGUGGCUGAAACUACGAGAUGCAGUGGGUGCCAUCCAGAACAGCACGUCAAUCAAGUACAAUCUGGAAGAGCUCUAUCAGGCGGUGGAGAACCUGUGUUCAUAUAAAGUCUCCCCCACGCUGUACAAGCAGCUGCGGCAGGUCUGUGAGGAUCACGUGCAGGCCCAGAUCCACCAGUUUAGAGAAGAGUCUUUGGACAACCUUUCCUUCCUGAAGCGGAUGAAUCGCUGCUGGCAGGAUCACUGCAGACAAACUAUAAUGAUCCGAAGUAUCUUUCUCUUCCUGGAUCGUACAUAUGUGCUUCAGAACUCUCUUCUUCCCUCCAUCUGGGACACUGGGUUGGAGCUGUUCCGCACCCACAUUGUGAGCAACAGUGCAGUUCAGAAGCGCACAGUAGAUGGCAUUUUGGAGCAGAUUGAGCUUGAGCGCAACGGAGAGACAAUAGACCGCAGUCUGCUCAGGAGUCUGCUGGGAAUGCUGUCAGACCUGCAGGUUUAUAAAGAUUCCUUUGAGGAGAGAUUUUUGAUUGAGACCAAUCGCUUGUACGCAGCAGAGGGACAGCGGCUGAUGCAGGAGAGAGAUGUGCCUGAGUACCUGCACCAUGUGGCUCGUCGGCUGGAGGAGGAGAACGAUCGUAUCGUGAGCUACCUCGACCAGAGCACUCAGAAACCUCUUAUUAGCUGUGUUGAGAAACAGCUUUUAGGAGAACAUAUGACAGCAAUACUACAAAAGGGUCUGAGCAUCCUGCUGGAUGAGAACCGUGUUACUGAGCUGGCCCUCCUUUACCAGCUCUUCAGUAAAGUGAAGGGAGGACUUCCCACACUGCUGCAGUUCUGGAGGGAUUACAUCAAGUCCUUUGGUGGAGAGAUUGUAUGCACACCAGAAAAAGACAAGGACAUGGUGCAGGAGCUUCUGGACUUCAAGGACAAGAUGGACAACGUGGCGCAGACCUGCUUCACACGGAACGAGGCAUUCAUCAACGCCAUGAAAGAGGCCUUUGAGACGUUCAUCAACAAGAGGCCCAACAAACCUGCCGAACUUAUCGCUAAAUAUGUGGAUUCUAAGUUGCGAGCCGGGAACAAGGAGGCCACAGAAGAGGAGCUGGAGAGAAUUUUAGAUAAGAUAAUGAUAAUCUUCCGUUUCAUACACGGAAAAGAUGUGUUUGAAGCCUUCUACAAGAAGGACUUGGCUAAGCGUCUGCUGGUCGGCAAGAGUGCUUCUGUCGAUGCUGAAAAGUCGAUGCUCUCCAAGCUCAAACAUGAGUGUGGAGCAGCAUUUACCAGUAAAUUGGAGGGGAUGUUCAAGGACAUGGAACUGUCCAAAGACAUCAUGAUCCAGUUCAAACAGUACAUGCAGAACCAGAGUGAGCCCAGCAACAUAGAACUUACUGUCAACAUCCUCACUAUGGGCUACUGGCCUUCAUACACACCUAUGGAGGUUCACUUGCCCUUGGAGAUGGUGAAACUCCAGGAGGUGUUCAAGCUGUUCUACCUGGGGAAGCACAGCGGGAGGAAGCUGCAGUGGCAGCCCACGCUGGGCCACGCUGUGCUGAAGGCAGAGUUCAAAGAGGGUAAGAAGGAGCUGCAGGUCUCUCUGUUCCAGACUCUGGUGCUGCUGAUGUUUACUGAGGGAGAGGACUUCAGCAUGGAGGAGAUUCGCACCGCCACAGGCAUAGAGGAGGGGGAGCUCAGGCGUACGCUGCAGUCCCUGGCCUGUGGGAAAGCACGCGUCCUCAACAAGAAUCCUCGAGGGAAAGACGUGGAGGAUGGAGACCGCUUCAAUUUCAACAAUGAUUUCAAACACAAACUGUUCCGCAUCAAGAUCAACCAGAUCCAGAUGAAGGAAACGGUCGAGGAGCAGGUAAGCACCACAGAGCGCGUGUUUCAGGACAGGCAGUAUCAGAUUGAUGCAGCUGUGGUGCGCAUCAUGAAGAUGAGGAAGACCCUCAGUCACAACCUGCUCGUAUCGGAGCUCUACAACCAGCUGAAGUUCCCUGUCAAGCCGGGUGAUCUGAAGAAGAGGAUCGAGUCACUAAUAGACAGAGACUACAUGGAGCGGGACAAGGAGACCCCGAACCAGUACCACUAUGUUGCCUGAGGGGGUGCCACUGUCGCUGCCAUGCUUUUUUUCACAGCAAGCAUACAGCUGGCCCCCAAAAACAACAUUGCAGCCCUUCAGCCACCCGACUCUCCUCUGGUGCCCAUCUUUCCCUUCAUCCACAAUCCUGGGCGCGGCGUCCAGAUGACAUAGAGAGCUCCAGAGAGGCGAGAGACUCGGCUGUUACUCCUCCCCCAGUCUGAGUUAUGUUUAGUGGGAGCGCAGCUGGUCUGAGAUGGGGCUGGAGGAGCGGUCCGGGUUGUUGAUGGUUGAUUUAUGUGACUUACAAAUCUGCUAAUGCAAAACUCAACUGAAAAUAACUAGCACUUUCCUCUUGUUUUUUUCGUUUUGUUCCCCCCCCCCCUCCCCUCGGGAUUGGGAUUGUUUUGGGGUUGGUUUUUUUUCUUUUUUUUCUCCAUCACGUUGUUCGAAAAUCACUUAUUUUCUAUUAUAGUUGGUUUGGUGUUGAGUUUUAAGUUGUUUUUUUUGUUUUCCUUUUUGUUCUCCUUUUAUGAAUGGCUGCAUAAACUGCUGAGUGUUAACCUGAUUGGUCGGUUGCUUGAUUUGGCAGAGAAACAGCUAAACGAAGGGCAAGGACAAGAAGAGCGAGAGAAGAGACUUGAGAAGGGAUGAAGUGGGUCAGAGGGAAGGGUUCACAUUGUUUGGAUCACAGAGAUGAGGCGAGCCACUUGCGUAUUUCUUUGGGUAUCUUAUAUGUUUUGACCAAAAUGUCCAAAUGUCUAAUGUCAUGUGCUGAAGUUUUUGUAGAUCAGAUUGUAUUCUAUGUAAGAGUGAGAAAAGUGAACCUGAAUAAAUGGAUAUUUAAU